AACAAGGAAGUAAAUUACAAAUCUCGUCAAGUCUCAUUUAAAUCUCACUGCUACAUUCCAAAGUCCCUUGAAAUGGAAGCAUUGUCAUUUUGAGGUCAACCACAGAUAUUAUGGCACUUUCAAAACUGAACCUAGGUUUAGGUACACCCCAGCACUUCUUGGAGUGCGGCAUUGAAGAUUGUGAGAAGAAUUGUGAAUUUUACUGCAACCCUUGCCAUCAGCAGAUGUGUAAACAAUGCCGAGAGAAACAUCUGAAGAAUCCAGAAUACAAGAACCAUGAAGUGGUCCUCUAUCAACAACGCAAACAGCAACUUCCUGUGGAAAAGUGCAAGACCCACCCAACUAAAGAUAUUGACAUCUUCUGUAAGGAAUGCAAAGUUCCAAUAUGUUCAAAAUGUGCCACAUUGGAGAGUCAUUCUGGCCAUAAAUUUAUAGAUUUAGAGACAAUCUAUGCAGAGAAGUUAUUACUUUGUCAAGAGGAAGUCUUCAAAGUCCAUCAAUAUUUCCUUCCCACAUCACAAGACUUAAAGGAAGAAAUAAAAGGAGAUGCUGCGGAAGUGAAGAUGAUCAUGAACAGCAUAAGAACAACCAUGAAGGCUGAUGCAGAGUCUCUGAAAAACAUGGUGGACACAGUGGUGUCAGAAAAUAUAGAACUAGUAAACAAAAUAGAAGAAUCGUUGUUAGAAGAGACAAGUAGCCAGGAUGAUACGAUUAACGACUACAUUGCCUAUCUCCAUGAUUUUGUCAAAGAGUUCCAUGGCUUCUUAUCUUCUCCGAAGAUCACGGCCUUAAUUCCGAAACUUUUUGAGAAGAACCUGAAAAUCCGAUCCAUACCAGAGACAACAAAACCAGUUACACCAGUGUUUACUACUGGUCAUUACAGUAAAGAAGAUGUUGUCAAAUUACUAGGGAAAGUAGAAAUUAAAGAUACCAAACCGGAGAAAAGAAAAAGAAAACCCAUGGAAGUGUCUGCUCCUUCAAUAGCACUGAAAUCUAAGAGUAAACAGAGGAAACAAGACAGAGAAAAGAAAUCUGAUAUGAAACAAACUAUGUCUCUAUCUCCCACUGUCACCAAGGUCAGGGAGUUCAAGGUAUCAGGAAACUGGGGAGGUUUAUUACAUAUAUCACUAGAUAAAUCAGGCAGACUCUGGGCCAGUGACUGGGAUCAACUUGUCCAAACAGAUCUACAGGGGAAUCAGCUACAGAAGAUAAAAAACUAUGGUGAAUUUGGGUACCACACAGUCACACAGGAUGGAGUUCUGAUCUUAGCAGACGGAGCAAAUAAAGUCAUCAGUAGGUUAAAACAGGAUAAUACUAUCACAGAAUUCAUUAAAACAGGAGACUGGACACCAGACAGUCUACACUCCUCCCACAUCAAUGGAGACAUACUGGUGGGAAUGAGGAAGGGUGGAAAGGCUAAAGUCACCCGAUACAACAAGACAGGAAAAGAACUACAGAACAUACAGUGGGAUAACAAAGGACAGGAGCUGUAUAGUUAUCCACGCUAUAUCACAGAAAAUAUAAAUAGAGAUAUCUGUACAUCAGACUCUGAUGAAAAUGGGAUAGUGGUGGUAAAUAGAUCAGGACAACACAGGUUCUCCUACAAGGGUCAGAAGUCAGGGUUCUCUCCCUGGGGAAUCUGUACUGAUGUCCUCGGUCACAUCCUGGUGUGUGAUGACACUGACAAAUGUGUUCAUUUUCUUGAUCAGGAUGGUCAGUUCUUGUCUUUACUACUCACAGAACAACAAGAAGUAAAAUAUCCCUAUAGUGUGUGUGUGGAUGGUGAGAACAAUCUUUAUGUAGGGGAAUUGUACGAAGUGGCAGUGUACAAGUAUCUUCAGUGAAUCCUCUUAUUCUCAAUCAACACACUGCCUCAUAUAUUUCACAACUUCUGACUAUAAAUAUAUUUUACGAAUUUGAUUAAAUGAAUAAGACUAUUUUACUAGAAAGUAGACUGUAUGGAAUAACCUGCAGUUAACAUACCACGUUGAUGUUUAUAUUUUGUAAGAUUAAAUGUAUAAUUUACGAUCACUCAUAUGGCCUAACUAUUAAGAAUAUAGUUUAGAAUGGUUUAAAACAUUUUUAUUGGGAUUAUAAAUUGUGCAGAAGUUUGCAUUGGAUGAUUGUAGGUGCUUUUUACUGUUCUACUAUACAAAAUUUAUUCUUUUAUGCUUCAUAAACAACCUGUCUGUUGCAUAACGAGAUAAAGAUUUUUUCCCCAUUUCUUACAUAAUGUAUUCAUCCUUUUUCACAACGCCUGGUAUUUUAAUAACAUGAAUAUUCUAAUAAAAUUGUAUGUUUACCCAAA